CCGUCAGACGCGUCGCGUGCGUUUCGAAACUAUCGCGUCGCGUGCCCAAAUAAACUAAUUAUUGCGCGAAAUUCGCACUAAAAAGUCGGAAAAAGUACCGAAAAGUUCAGAUUUUUUCGAAUUUUUUGCUGAAAUCUACGACCAGGAGCUGACCCCGCUUCAAAAUGACCGACGGAUCGAUGGACAUCGACGCGAUGCUCGAGGGAGGCCUUGAGAUGGCGAAAAACGACAGAUCACAAAGUCGUCAAAGAUCGCCGGCAAGAUCGAAUCGUUCGAGACCGUCGAGAGUCCCCAUUCAAUCAGAUGUCGACUGAAAUUCGCCGAAAAUCGCCGAAAAACUUGGAUCCCGAUCAAAAGACAGGAAAAGCUCGUCACGCCGUUCCAGAAGCCGUAGCCGUGAUCGACGAGGUGAUCGAGGUGAUCGUCGACGAUCGAGGAGCCGGAGCAAGGAUCGUCGCACCACUCGGAGACGCUCACCGAGCCGUGAGCGAAGACGAAGCCGUAGCAGAGAUCGUGGAGCACCGAGAAGACGCUCGAGAACCCGAUCUCGUGACCGUCGACGCUCUCCACCACGUCGUCGUGAUCGCCGGACUCCGCCGAGACGUUCACCAGGAAGAAGAAGCCCGCCACGAAGCCGUCUUCCAGGACCCGAACGCCGUGACGUCAUGCCAUUCAAUCCACGUCACUCGCCGCCUAAAAACGCGAAACUGGAAUUAACAGCAGAAGAAAGAGAUCAACGGACCCUUCUAAUCAUGCAAAUUGCCCGUGACACCCGUCCACGUGACCUCGAAGAAUUCUUUUCAGCCGUCGGAGCUGUUCGUGACGUCAGAAUUAUAACCGAUUCGCGGACUGGUAGAUCAAAAGGAAUUUGCUAUGUGGAAUUUUGGGAUGAAGAAUCGGUUCCACUUGGAUUGGCACUAAAUGGACAACGUUUAAUGGGCGCUCCAUUGCAAAUUCAGAGAACUUGCGCUGAACGAAACCGCGCCGCGAAUAGUUCGGUGGCGUCUACGUUGGGAUUUGUUGCACCCGGGAAUAAGGGUCCUACGCAUGUUUUGGUGGAGAAUUUGCACCCGAAAAUCGAUGAAAAAAUGAUUAGAGACAUUUUUGAGUCGUUUGGACGAAUUGAGAAGAUUGAUUUGGAGGUUGAUAGUAAUCGAGAGAAUCGAGGAUUCGCUACGAUUACGUUCCGAAACGCCGACGACGCCCAAAAAUCUUGCGAGCAACUGAACAAUUUCGAGCUCGCCGGCCGAUGCAUCCGUCUCUCCAUCAAACAAGAAUCCCAAGCUCCAGCAGUAAAGAAAGAAGAAGCUUCAAUUCAUCAGAGAUCCCUAGACGAUGUAGGCGAUCGUCAAGGCUUCUCCCUAGGCGCAGGCGGCCGACAACAGCUCAUGGCAAAGUUGGCUCAAGGCACCGGCUCAGGAAUGGAGCUAACAGCGUCGGCUCAGAUGGCUGCUCAACACGCUGGACACUCACAAAUUCCAUCAAUUGCUACACAGUGUUUCCUUUUAUCAAAUAUGUUUGAUCCGUCGAAAGAGACUGAACCAGCAUGGGAUCAUGAUAUUCGAGAAGAUGUGAUUGAGCAGUGUCUGGCUCACGGUGGAGCACUUCAUGUAUUUGUGGAUAAAGGCUCAGAGCAAGGAAAUGUCUAUGUAAAGUGUCCAUCGAUUGUGAUUGCACAUCAGGCAGUUAGUGCGCUCCACGGAAGAUGGUUCAGUGGAAAAGUUAUCACUGCUAACUAUGUACCUGUUAAUUCAUAUCAUGACUUGUUCCCGGAUGCAGUACAUGCUAGAAUUGUGCUCACGACGCGUGGAGCUGCUCCGGUGGUUCCUAUUGUACCUAUGGUUCCAGUUGUGCCACCUCAAGGAAUCGCAAAUGGUUACGGAGCAUAUGGAAUGAUGGCUCCGGCUCACGGAGCACCACCGCCACCACCACCACAACAACAAGGACAAUAUGGUGGAUAUGGCAGAUAUUAGGACGCUUAACCACCCGAUUUUUUCUUCAUAUUUCUCUUAAAAAAUCUCUUUUUCUCCCCGAAUCCCCCCCACCCACCAAAAUUCUGAUCUUUUUUACAAAUUUUCUCUUGAAAAAUCCAACAAAUUUCCCAGUUUUCGUUAAUAUUCUGAGCUUUUUCCCUUUUGUUCGAAAUUUAUCUAAUUUUUAAUUUAAAUUUAACUCUAAAUCUCUCUCUCUCUCUCAUUGUUUUUUCCCUUCAUUUUCUCGAUUUUUUCGAGAUUUUAUUUGAGGAUGAAAUUUGUUUGAUUUU